CACUCUCUGGCCGCAGCGGCGCCGCUUGAUGACGUUUGAGGGGCGCGCGCGGAGGGGGCCCCAGAUCGCGAGGCCCCGCCAGCAUGAAGGAGACGCCGCUGUCCAACUGCGAGCGGCGCUUCCUGCUGCGCGCCAUCGAGGAGCGGAAGCGCUUGGACGGGCGGCAGAGCUACGACUACAGGAACGUGCGGAUCUCCUUCGGCGCCGACUACGGCUGCUGCAUCGUGGAGCUGGGGAGGACCAGAGUCCUUGGGCAGGUUUCAUGUGAACUUGUUUCCCCAAAGCUAAAUCGAGCUACAGAGGGUAUACUUUUCUUUAAUCUUGAGCUCUCCCCAAUGGCUGCACCAGCUUUUGAGCCUGGCAGGCAAUCUGACCUUUUGGUGAAACUGAAUCGACUACUAGAAAGAUGCCUAAGAAACUCAAAAUGUAUAGACACUGAAUCUCUCUGUGUUGUUGCUGGUGUAAAGGUGUGGCAAAUUCGUGUGGACCUGCAUUUGUUGAAUCAUGAUGGAAACAUUAUUGAUGCUGCAAGUAUAGCAGCAAUAGUGGCUUUGUGUCACUUCCGUAGACCAGAUGUAUCUGUGCAAGGAGAGGAAGUAACUUUGUAUACCCCUGAGGAACGUGAUCCUGUCCCUUUGAGUAUCCAUCACAUGCCUAUCUGUGUCAGUUUUGCCUUUUUCCAGCAAGGAACCUAUUUGUUGGUGGAUCCCAGUGAACGAGAGGAACGUGUAAUGGAUGGCCUCCUAGUGAUUGCCAUGAAUAAACAUCGUGAGAUUUGUACUAUCCAGUCCAGUGGAGGGAUUAUGCUGUUAAAAGAUCAGGUUCUGAGAUGCAGUAAAAUAACUGGUGUUAAAGUAGCAGAGAUCACAGAGCUAAUUCAAAAGGCCUUGGAGAAUGACCGGAAAGUUAGGAAAGAAGGUGGAAAGUUUGGCUUUGCAGAGUCUAUACCAGAUCAAAAGAUCUCUGCCUUUAAAAUGGAAAGAGCUCUUGUUGAUACUAAAGAUGUGGAAGAGCAAGCUGAAGAAAUCAUCACCAAGGCUGACUCCCCUUCAGAUGUUUUUGCCAAACCAGUACUGAGGAUGCCUGGGAUGGCCCAACUUGGGGAGGGGAUAGAGAACUCCUGGGGAGACCUUGAAGAAUCUGAGAGAGAGGAGGAAGAGGAAGGUAACAGUGAUGAUGCUACCACCUCAGAGGGUCAGAAAAUGGAAAUGGAAGAGAGAAAUGUUGUGAGGAAUACUAAGAAGGGUGAUGACACAAUUGUACUGUCUGACAGUGAAGAAGAGGAAGUUGUCAUUCUGGAACCAGAGGAGAGGCCGAAGAAAACACGGUUUUUAGGACUAGAAGGGACAUAAUGGUCACCUAUUGAACUUCAUCAAGCAAUUCCUGCUAUCAGUCUCAAUUUCUGGACUGAGACUACAUCUUGAGUUGCAAGUCAGGACACCAUCUGUUGUAGUUAUUAGCUCAUUAUGUGAGCAUACAGCAGCCAAAUCACUGACAGGAGUCAUGCGUGGAUCCAAAAAAAGCAAAGAAGAGACUUCCAGUCUUGUGUGCGCUGACACGAGAGUAGGAUAGCUAGCCUGCUUAUCUUAGAUUAGAGGUAUGUAUUGGAGUUUACCCACAGAAGUGGGUACUUACUUUGUACUCUUGUAUUUCUCUCUUAUGGACUGUUGUGUGUGUUGUGCUGCUCUGAGGUAGGUCUUGUGGAGGUCCAUGAGACAAGGCUUAAGGCUUUCAAGGGUAUAUCCUGUCAUUUUGGACAGAGAUUCAGGCUGAAGAAAGGGAAAACAAAUUGAUGGAAAAUCUAGCAUAUUAAUCUGACCAGUUACUUUACAGCAUUUUCCCAUACUUUGAAUACAAGACAAAAAGCUAUACUUCAUGCUAUUCUAGACUGGAUAUUUCAUGUCCCCACCUGCAGGUAGAAAGAGGUACUAGCAGAAUGCAUGAUUCCUCAGCAAAGUAGUAAGCUGCUGUUAGUGUUAUGUCAAUGCACUUUACAAAAAAGUGAAAAUAUCAAGCUGGAACUGCCAAAGAAUCUUCAGCUGCAUGUAAUCUUCCAUUUUAUACCCUCACCCGCUGAUCUAUAACUACUUAUCAGACAAAAAUUCCAAUCAUUCAUCUUAACUGUGCUAGGCUCUAAGACAUAGCAGUUUGUUCUUCCAGUAGUGGUCCUUUCCUCUGUGUGCUUCCAAGUAGUUAAGGCAAAAGAACUUUUACUGAAACAGUAUUUGAGUGUUCCUGCAAGAGGCAGCCUUUAGAAGGAGGUGGUGGUACUGGAAAUAGCACUAAGAGGGGUCUCAAAAAAACCCCCACCCAUAUUCUGUAAGGUACUUAGGUUCUCUUCUAGGGAGUUAGCCACUGUUAGAAGCUUGCUGGUUUUGGAAUAUAGUCAAAGGUCUGGUGUAGAAACCAUUACUCAGUUCUGACUAAGGACAAUUAAAAUAAGACUUCAACUUUCUGUAUGAGCUGUUCUUUAUAGAAAUUGAUUGCUAGCCAAGAAUAGGUUUUGAUCUUAUAUCAGGUUGAGGGUGUGCUAUUUGCUGUAUUUAAGGCUGUUUACUUAUAAACAAAGGAGACUUUCUAAAGCUAUUUGUUCUACAUACCCAGGUUUGUCCAGUGAUUGUGUAGCUUGCUAGAUGAAAUGCUGCAGCAGCAGUAAGUGAUGGCAAGUAUUUCAAGUAUGGGUCAGCAUCAAUUAGACUCAGCUCCCCCAGAUACUGUAAAGAAAGUCAUAGCUUCUAAUUGUUCAGCAACCACCAGUACAAGAUACUUACAGUCUAAGCAUCUUCCUUACUAGUUUAAGUGUACUCCAACACUAUUUGUUAAGUGGCCUUCAGUACAAUGUUUAAGGAUUUAGAGCUUUCCAGACACAAAGACAAGCAUCUAAUUUUUGCAGCAAUAUAAAUAUUGCUUUUAAUAUUCAAAGGAAAGAGUCUCAGAUAAAAAAAGUAGUGUUUGGUUCUACACUUGUUCCUGUGUUAUUCCACUUCAUAUAUUUCAAAAUAUUUUGACUGUACUUGCAUAGCUGCUGCCUGUGUCCCAAGGGAGAGUUUAGUUUUACAUCAGAACAGUGAGGACUUGAAAAGGACACUUUUAAUCUCAGCUAGGAUUUAGUCAAAUAUUGGUGUAGAACAGGGGUGGGUAAACUACAGACCAUGGGCUGGAUCCAACCUGUCAGGGCUUUGGAUCCAGCCUGCAGGACUGCCACCACUGUGGUGAAGCAGGCCCCACGCCGCUCCCAGAAGUGGCCAGCACCACAUCCCUGUGGCCCCUGUAGGGUGGGUGGUGGCAGAGGGCUCCAUGCAUUGCCUUCAUCUACAGGCACAGCCCCCUGCAGCUCCCAUUGUCCGGGAACAGGGAACUACGGCCAAUGGGAGCUGUCAGGGGCAGUGCCUGCAGGUGUGGGUAGUGCAUUAAGCCCUCUGCCCUCCCCCAGGGAGAUGGUGCCAGACACUUCUGGGAGCAGCAUGGCAUGGGGCCAGGGCAGGCUGGGGAGUCUGCCAUAACCCUGCUGCCACCCCACAGCCUCUCCAGUAAGCAGUGCCCAGCUGGAACCCCUCCUGCACCCCAAUGUCCUGCCCUGAGCCCGUUCCUGCACACUGCACCCCCUCCCAGACCCCAACCCUAGGCCUACUGCAUGCAGGGCCAUGAAUAUUUCCUCCACCCAGAUGUGGCUCUUGGGCCAAAAUGUUUGCCCACUGCUAGUCUAGAAUGAGCCAGUGUUGUAGAGACCACCACAUUUACAAAGUAGACGAUAGUAAGUCUUCCUGAGAGCCCGUAAUAAGCUUUACAUUUUAGUUUACUGUAGUUAAUCCAUUGAAUUUAUGUCCCGUUCAGCCAAGGCUGAACCAGUAUUUGAACACUUUGUGACAAGUGGGAAAGGCCCCCUUUUCUAGCCAAUUCUCACAGUAGUGCUACAGGCUCACCAGUAGAAUAGAGUGCCAGCUGCAACCUCUAGAAACCAGGCAGGGAAGCAAAGCUGCUGUUCUCAGCCUGCCAGUUCUAAAUUUCAGUUCUUCAGAAGCUUAUUACAAUUGGCACAUCCCCUCUUUUCUCCAGUGGAGAAGGACAGGAAGCCUGCAAGCUCCACAAGUACUGAGCCAAAUGCAACCAGAAAGAUCUGGUAACUCCAAGUCCAUACUUACCAUUGAUAAAUUCUCCACUUUAACAUUGGUCUGCUGGUGUAGGAAGUACUGAGUGAGGAACUGGUUUAUUGUUGGAGCUGCCAAGUCAAAUGACAAGACUUUCAACACUAAGUGCUCCAUCCUUAGGACCUGUUUCUUGGUGUAGGUAUCAUCUGUGAUGUAAACAAACUCUGCUACUUCAGGAGGGUAGAUUUCUUCAAACUUCCUGCAGUUUGAAAGAAACAGUGAACUGGCAGAUACAGGUAAAGAGAAUGUCUAUCAGUCUCUUGUGUUUAGUAGAAUCAUCAUGUUUGCCAAAUCUGACUGCAGUUUGGGAGAUGGCCGAGAACUAUACCUCCCUAGAAACUCUGCUGGCUGCUACAUUAAGUCACUUUGGCGAUCUAGAUGUUAUACUGAAAGUUUUAAGCAAUUCUUCCCAGUACACUAUUGAUAGUAAUGUGAUUUUUAGUACCAAAAGUGUACUCCUAGUUACUGUAUUUCCAAGAAUCUCAAACUAAGUCAUGCUCAAAAUUUGACUAAAGUUGCCUUUCCAUGUUCUCAACCCUAUGGACCCGUAGGCCUGGUCUACACUGCAGGGGGCCGCGCCACGCAGGGGGAGAAGAGAGAAGGAGAUCGACCUAAGAUACACAACAUCAGCUACAAGAAUAGCUGAUCUGCCGCUGCUCCCCUGUCGACUCCGCUUCCGCCUCUCGCCACCGUGGAGUACAGGAGUCGACAGAAGAGCUAUCAGGGAUUGCUUUAUUGCAUCUACACUAGAUGUGAUAAAUUGAUCCCGAUAGAUCAAUCGCUACCUGCCGAGCUGGCGGGUAGUGUAGCUGUACCCUGAGAAAAAGGCUUUUUAAAAGCUUUUAAGUAUUAGUUACAUGAACUCAGAUAAAGACAGAAGCCACAUUCCAUGUUGGACUUGCAAAUGUCAGGGUUUUUUUAAAAGCCCAUACGAGAAUGCCAGAUGUGAAUCUAGGCCUCCUGAGUCUUCUUGGAGAAGGAAGGAUUCACUAAGUUGUGCCACCACCCCCAGCUGAGAAAAAAAAUACGGCCCUGAGAUUUACCUGCUGGACACCUACAGGAAAGGUUAGCAAGUUCUAAUAGUUGAAAAGCAAUGGAUGCCAGUUUAAACUUACGAUGCUAGCAGCAUAGCUGCAGUCCCCACAAGCUGAAGCUUCCCUCUCAGCACAGACAUUGAAGAAAGAAAUCUAUCAAUGUAGUUUACAGCUAAGUGCAGAGUUUCAUUCUGUAAUUUAUAUUCUUCUCCAACUUCCACCAGCCAGUCCACAAGAAUAGCUCGCAUAUUGUUUGUUAUAUCAGGCUGCUUCUUCAUGUAACCCAUUUUAGGCUUGCAUUUUACCUGUUAAGACAGUUGUGAUUGUGUAAGUAAGAGAUUCAAUUAGCAUUUGAAUCUUGCAAAGGGGUGAGGCUGUUCCCCAGCCUCGGUUUGCCAGAAGCUAGGAAUGGAUCACUAUGAUUACCUGUUCUGUUCAUUUCCUCUGAAGGACCUGGUAUUGACCACUGUCAGAUACCAUGCUAGAUGGACCAUUGGUGUGACCCAGUGUGAUCAUUCUUAUGUUCUUCUUCUGAUGGACCAAAAAUCCACCACAGAUAAGAAUCCAGGGAGUUUGUACUACAUCUAAAGUAGAAUCUAGUUUAGAUAUUAAUGGUCUUAGGUCACCAGGUCCAUUGUCCAGCCAGUAUGGGCUUGUUCUCUAUUUUGUGUUUAGUGGAUUAUCUAGCCCGUUUUAGUAUAAUUUGAGAAGGGUUUAGCAGUUUCAUCAGGAAAGGAUUCCAUGGUCUAUCUAGGUCUUCCUUUCUCAGGCUAUAAGUUGCUAAUUCUGUCACCGUACUAGGUUUAACACUGCAUAAGAAUUACUCAUGCAGUCUAGAAAUUAGACUAAACGCUUCUAGUUCUAAGGGCAUAUUUAUGGCCUCUUACCUCCAUUUCCCUAAGGUAUGUAUAGAUGUCUUCAAUGUAGUCUGGCACCUGGUUAACAUUUACUUUUUCUUCCACUUCUUGAGUUACCGAUAUAUCCAUAAUACUUGGAGAAUCUAAACAAAUUCAAGAUAGUAGCCACAUUAUUUUAAGUUUGUGCCAGUUGUCAGCCCACACAUUUACAAGAGAGUCUAAUGAUUACACUAAAACUGGGUUCAGUUUAUGCAUUUGAGGCACCAAGGCUGCAGCAGUCCAGGGAGACCAGAAUGUCAUCAGUUUGCAGUUUCAUCAUACUUCAUUCCCAUCACUGGGAACUAGACACAUUUGUUCUUCAGGAAUCUCUUAUCAACGUUCCAAGGGAAAGGGAACUCAAUGGCAAACUCUCUAACCUGACAAUCAGGAGAAGUCACCUUGUGUUACCACGGUAAAAUAAAAAUUAAAGUUCUGUGCUGAUUUAGAGUAAGCCGAAGCCUUUGAUCAGUGAGUUUAGAGGUUGGUCUAACAUGGAGGUAGAUUUUCACAAUGUGGAUUAAUCAUAGAAUAUCAGGGUUGGAAGGGAUCUCAGGAGGUCAUCUAGUCCAACGCCCUGCUCAAAAGCAGGACCCAUCCCCAAUUAAAUCAUCCCAGCCAGGGCUUUCAACUAAUCAGUUGCCAGAGCUACAAAACUAGGCUACUGAUAUGGUCCUUCCACAGAAGCAUUUACAUGUGCGGAAUGUUAGACAAACUGUAGUUAAUAUCCCAUUGUCAUUAUUUUAGGAAUCUACAGGCUACCAUAUAAGUUAUGCAAGUUAACCUACUCUAGAUCCAUUUAAUACUUGGGGGGGGCACAGAGAAGAGGAUUAAGGAAUUACAUUGUGGAUUCUAGUUCUGGAAAUUGGAUUAGACCUUUUAGACAAAAAUGUCUAAAAGGAACUAUAGAAUUAUGUAUUAGUAUUGUUAUAUUCAGUCAUGUGUUUAAUAAAUGGCAUGUUGUGAUGUA